AUGUCCCAGACGCCAGAAUCCAGCACCCCACCGACCCCGCUGGCAUCCCCCUCGACGCCUCGUUGGACGCGUCACUUACCGGAGGCCUUUGGGAUUCGGCGGGCCGUGGAGGCUUCCAAGUACCGCUGGUGCGUCCGCGAGGCGGCCUUGUGGGGCAUCGCCACGGGGACGGCCACGUCCCUGCACCGUCUGCGUAUGCGCUCCACCACCACGUGGGCGAUCAAUACGGGAUUCGGGGCCUUUCUUGUCGUGUACGUCGGAUCCUACGUAUUUUGUGUCCAGCGGAGGGAUUACCGGGAACGCAUGAUAUCCCUCAUGAUGCAGUUGAACAGCUUUGAACACGCCAUUAGUAUGCCCGAACCCACGCCGGUGGACGAGCAUCAUCCCUUUGUGGCACCCGCCGGUACCGAACCGGACGCCACAACCAUACCGGCGGAACGACAGUACAUUGCCAAUCUGCCCGAACGGAAAGAAUGGCAACCGCCAUUGCCCACACGCGACGCACAGGAUGUCUUCCAACCCAAACCGUAA